GAGGCGCAAACUAACUUUCCCCGGGGCGAAUUGGGGGGCCAUCGUCUUCUUCAAGGCAUCAUGCAGUCUUGCGUCCAGUGGUGGGGGAGGCUGGUGGGUCGGGGGGCCAGUCUUCACGGGCACCAUGGCAGCAGCGCCUGGGGAGGCAAGAAGCCGCCAGGCCGAUGGGGACGCAGGGAGCAGCUGAGACUGGCUUGUGUGAGAAGAAGCAGUAGCAACCCCGGAGCGAGAGCCGCCGCCGCCGCCGCCGCCGCCACCUCUUCCAGGCACAUCGAGAAACUCCUGGGCAAGCACGAUGACUUUUCCGAGCGGCACAUCGGUCCAGGGGACAAAGAGAAGCAAGAGAUGCUGCAGACCGUCGGUCUGUCGACUAUUGAUGAGCUGAUCAAUAGAACAAUUCCUGCUAAUAUCCGCUUGCAACGGCCUCUGAAGAUGGAUGACCAUAUAUGCGAAAAUGAAAUUCUUGAAACUUUACACAGUAUUGCCAGCAAGAAUAAAAUCUGGAGAUCUUAUAUUGGCAUGGGUUAUUACAACUGCUCCGUCCCUCCAGCCAUUGCAAGGAAUUUGUUGGAGAACGCUGGAUGGGUGACUCAAUAUACCCCUUAUCAGCCAGAAGUCUCCCAGGGCAGGCUGGAGAGCUUGUUGAACUACCAGACAAUGGUGUGUGAUCUCACCAGGAUGGAUGUGGCUAAUGCCUCUUUGCUGGAUGAAGGAACAGCGGCAGCAGAAGCCAUGCAGUUGUGUCACAGGCAUAAUAAGCGAAAUAAGUUUUAUGUCGACAUCAGAUGCCAUCCUCAGACGAUAGCUGUGGUGCAGACCAGAGCAAAAUACACUGGCAUAAACGUAGAGUUGAAGCUACCUCAUGAGAUGGAUUUCAGCGGUAAAGAUAUCAGUGGUGUCUUGUUCCAGUACCCAGACACUGAGGGGAAGGUAGAAGACUUCACAGGCUUGGUUGAACAAGCCCAUCAGAAUGGGAGCCUGGCCUGCUGUGCCACCGAUCUCCUUGCCCUCUGCAUCUUGAGGCCUCCAGGGGAGUUUGGCGUUGAUGUUGCUUUAGGCAAUUCCCAGAGGUUUGGGGUGCCUCUUGGGUAUGGAGGACCACAUGCUGCCUUUUUUGCGGUCAAAGAGAAUCUGGUGCGAAUGAUGCCCGGAAGGAUGGUGGGAGUUACAAGAGAUGCUAAUGGCAAAGAAGUAUACCGGCUUGCGCUGCAAACCAGAGAACAGCAUAUCAGGAGAGAUAAAGCUACGAGCAAUAUCUGUACGGCGCAGGCCCUUUUGGCUAACAUGGCUGCAAUGUUUGGAGUUUAUCAUGGUGCAAAUGGAUUAAAGUACAUUGCCAAGAGAGUCCACAAUGCUACUCUAAUCUUAGCAGAAGGUUUGAAGAGAGCAGGUCAUCAACUCCAACAUGACCUAUAUUUUGAUACCUUGAAAAUCCAGUGUGGAUGUGGCAUCGAAGAAGUCUUGCAAAGAGCAGCCCAGAGACAGAUAAACUUUCGGAUUUACCCUGAUGGCACACUUGGAGUUUCUCUUGAUGAAACUGUAAAUGAAAAAGACCUAGAUGACCUACUAUGGAUUUUUGGCUGUGAAUCUUCAGCUGAAUUAGUUGCAGAGAACAUGGAUGAAGAAACAAAAGGCAUUUUUGCUACUCUGUUUAAAAGAACAUCAAAAUUCCUAACACACCAAGUAUUCAACAGCUAUCACUCUGAAACAAAUAUUGUCCGGUAUAUGAAAAGAUUAGAGAACAAAGAUAUUUCUCUUGUUCACAGCAUGAUUCCUUUGGGAUCCUGUACAAUGAAGCUGAAUAGCUCAUCAGAACUUAUACCUAUUACAUGGAAGGAAUUUGCCAAUAUCCAUCCUUUUGUUCCCCUGGAUCAAACUCAAGGAUACCAGCAGCUUUUUAAGGAGCUUGAGAAGGAUCUGUGUGAGAUCACAGGCUAUGACAAGAUUUCAUUCCAGCCUAACAGUGGAGCUCAAGGUGAAUAUGCUGGGCUAGCUGCAAUCAAGGCUUAUUUAAAUGCAAAAGGAGAAUGGCAGCGAAGUGUCUGCCUUAUUCCUAAAUCAGCUCAUGGUACCAACCCAGCAAGUGCUCAAAUGGCAGGGAUGAAGAUCCAGCCAAUAGAAGUAGAUAAACAUGGGAGCAUUGAUCUGAGUCAUCUGAAAGCAAUGGUAGAUAAGCACAAAGAAAACCUAGCAGCUAUCAUGAUCACAUAUCCAUCCACUAAUGGUGUCUUUGAAGAGCAGAUCAGUGAUGUAUGUGAUCUGAUUCACAAACACGGAGGCCAAGUUUAUUUAGAUGGAGCAAAUAUGAAUGCUCAGGUUGGUCUGUGUCGCCCUGGAGACUAUGGGUCAGAUGUUUCUCAUUUAAAUCUUCACAAAACCUUUUGCAUUCCUCAUGGUGGAGGAGGACCUGGCAUGGGACCGAUUGGAGUGAAGAUGCACCUGGCUCCUUUCCUGCCUAGCCACCCUGUCAUUGCCUCACUGCACGAUGCACAUUCAAGCCCAUUAGGCACCAUCAGUGCUGCCCCUUGGGGAUCCAGUGCCAUCUUGCCUAUUUCUUGGGUUUAUAUCAAGAUGAUGGGAGGCAAAGGCCUAAAACAUGCUUCUGAGAUUGCAAUUUUGAAUGCUAACUACAUGGCAAAGCGACUAGAGAACCACUACAAAAUCCUCUUUAGAGGCUCCAAAGGUUAUGUAGCUCAUGAAUUUAUUUUGGAUACUCGGCCUUUUAAGAAAACUGCAAAUAUUGAAGCUGUGGAUGUUGCUAAGCGGCUUCAGGAUUAUGGAUUCCAUGCUCCAACAAUGUCCUGGCCAGUAGCUGGGACCCUCAUGAUAGAACCAACAGAGUCUGAAGAUAAAGCAGAACUAGACAGAUUUUGUGAUGCCAUGAUUAGUAUUCGACAAGAAGUAGCUGAUAUAGAAGAAGGAAGGAUGGAUGCUAGAGUUAACCCCUUAAAGAUGGCCCCACACACUUUGACCUGCCUGGCUGCACCCAACUGGGAUCGCCCAUAUUCUAGGGAAGUGGCUGCUUUUCCACUACCGUUUGUGAAACCUGAAAGUAAGUUUUGGCCUACAAUUGCCAGAAUUGAUGACAUCUAUGGGGACCAGCAUCUGAUCUGUACCUGCCCACCAAUGGAGGUCUAUGAGUCUCCUUUUGCAGAGCAGAAGAGAGCAUCAUCUUAGGACCAGCUUCCUUCCAGCCUUUGAAUUACCUUUCAGAUCACUGGGCUUAAUUUUUCUCACUGUAUUUGUAGCACUCUGUGAAGACAGGUGAAAUCUUCAGCCCAGUUAGCAUAUUUUAUAUACAGUGUAUAUUUUUGAAAACUCCAUGCUGUUAAUUACAUUUCUGUGCAGCUAUUUGUAAAAUACUUUUAUUAAGCAGCAAUUGAUCUGAUACAGUGCCUCAGUUUCCAUGUCAAUCCAUGCUGAAGUGGCCUUAAUUAAGGCCCUCUUUUCUAUCAGGGCUGCUUUUCUGUGAUUUAAUAAUAAGCAUUGAACUGUAUGAAAAAAGCAAUAUAGUACACUGUUUAAACAGUGUCAUGACUAUGCACCUGCUUGUCCAAAUGCUCUGUGAUAUAGAAUUAACCCAAAUUUUUUAGGACAGUUUUAUAAUGUAUUUCCUUUGUAUUUGGGCUAAGGUAAAAUGGAAUUACUGUUCAUUUUGUAUGAAAUGAAGUCAUGGACAACCAUUAACACAGUUUGAUAUGGUUGAAUGCAGGUGGCUAUU